CGUCAUGCUGCCCUUCGCGCUGCUCACGGUUCCCGAGAAGUCUUGGCCUCCAUCAAUGUCAUUGAUGCGUUCUCCCCUGCUAUCCUUACUGCGGUUCGCGCGCAACAAGGUGCAACACCCGCACCCACCAAUGAUGGUCCUGAUGGUCCUGACCGCUUCUUCCAUCCUGACCGCGACUUAUGCUAUCUCGAACUUGUUUUUGCCCUGGCGAAGAAUUCGGCCUGGAAGCAAUAUUUGUUUGGGGAUUACCAUAUAGGUCGGUGCCGUAGCAUCGCUGCGGAGUGCUACCGGUCCGAUAUGUAUACCAAGAAUCUCGACGCUCUCCGUCCAUAUGCAUUUUACCUAGUUGGUAUCUUCCUCCGACUGGGACCUGAUUGUAAUUUCGUUAAACUAUUCAAUGAUUGGGAUAAGCAGGAACUGCAGACCAUAUGGAAGCAGGAGCCGCAGGAGCAGGAGCGGCGGUUGGAGCAGAACAAGGAGUGGCAGUGGGGGCAAGUGCGGGAGGAGUGGAGGCAGGAGCGGGAGGAGCAGGGACAGAAGCAGAAGCAGAAGUGGCAGCACAUGGUGAGAAAUGCGUGGCAUUCCGCUCCUCUCACAAUUGGCAACACACACUGUGUCGAACUCCUUUCCGAUCUUGUGGAAGAGACGAAGAAGUUCAUGGGGUGCAUGUCAGUGGCUGAACUCGAGCAGCUCAUCGAAGCUGUGGAUUAUCUUAUAGGGAACCCGGAAAGGCGGGGUUUACUAGAGCAGAGAGAGAGGGUCGCGAUUUCUGUGAAGGACUUGAGAGAUUUAGCCAAGAACAAACUCGAGAAGCUCAGGAAAUAGUCGCUGGGCAGGAGACAAGUCGGGAUAUCUGGAGAAAUUUACGAUUAGCUAAUGUAAAUUCUGUAAGUCAUUGUACACAAGACGCGAGCAAAAUC